AUGUGUGAAGAGCCUCCGCAGGAGUGUCUAAGGCUAGAACGAUCGUGCAAGGCCUUCGCCGUCCAGAACGCUGUCAGUGUGAUAUCCAAAAGCUUCAACAAUGCGAGCUUCCAGUUCACGUCGAUCCGCCGCAGCAGUGUCAACAGUGCAUCCUUACCGUCCGCCGAAUCUCCCGUCGGGAAAGUCAACAUCUCAUCGGGCAUUACUUCCUCAAGCUCUAACUAUGACCUUUUCACUCACUCACAGUCGCCCGGGGCCUACCCCCGGGCAUCCACCAAUUCCUACCAGAGCUCACUAUCGGACAGACAGAAGAGCCUCGACGGCCUUCUGCAGUUCUGGAUUGUCCUCAGGAAGAGCUACCAGGAGGUGCUUAGCACAUUGUCACCUUAUCAUGCUCAGCUGCUGGAAGAGAACUGCAGGAAACAGAAGGCGGCGUGGCAGGCCAAUUAUCUGAAGAGCGCGGUGCUCUCACUCUGUCGAUUCACCGAUGCUGUGGUGAUCGAGGCGAGUACUCAACCCAUUGUUUACCCAUCCCCUCUAUCACACUCUACCACAAGCGCUGCUGCCUGUACCUGCACGAUUGCGACCUCGACCAUGGCUACUACCACUCCUCCUGUCAUAUUCGCAGCCCUCGACUGUUGUUUCCAUCAGUAG